UGUGACUGCCUCCACCAGGAAUGCAGUAGUGUGUGUUCUGAACUCUCCACAUACUGUACAGUCACCCAGGCUGAUCUGUCAGUUUCUCUGUACAUUCUGCCUGACAGACAGAGACAGACAGAGAGACAGACAGAGACACUGAGUAACUCUCAUGGACACAUCAGAAUGGAAAAAGGAAAAAGGAGAGUACAGAGGCAGAAAUACAGGAACAGGCAAGGUGUGGACAGAUGAAGCAAAUAAAUGAGGAUUGGUAUUUUCUUGGACACCUGCAAGUUUCUGCCAAACUUUAAGGAAAGUCCCUGAGUCAGCUCUUGGUAACGCUUCUUUCUCUCGUGGACUUUGUAUUUACCCAGUUUCUAACUUCUUGUGGAUUAUGACUGCAGACUCUAUUCAACUAGAGCUCUACUGAAAGUGCCACAGGCUGAUAUGUUCAUCUGACACCUGACUGCUGGAACUGAACAUGGCAUCCCACUGCAUCACACAGAAGUGGAUUACAAAGUAAAUACUUCUGGUGAGGUCAGUGCUGUAACCAUGGCGUCCCAGGAGAAGCAGCCCCAGGGGCGUGGCCUAUCCUCUCUAUUUUCUUGCUGCUUCAAAGGAAGUGACCAACCAGAGAUCACCUACUGCCAUGACAACAUCAACACCGUGGCUAUACUGGAGCCCAGUCUGCCUAUGCCCCCCCUUCAAGAGCUGGACUCGAUGUUCACUGAGCUGGUGGAUGAACUGGACCUAACAGAGGAGCACAGAGCAGCCAUGUUUGCUUUGCCAGCAGAGAAAAAAUGGCAGAUCUACUGUAGUAAGAAAAUGGAGGCAGAGGAGAAUAAAGGAGCAACCAGCUUGCCGGAGUAUUAUAUUGACCAUCUCGUGUCCAUCGCUGCUAGGAAAACUCUGCUGGCACUGGAGAAUGAGGAAGAGCAGGGAGUACACAAGAUUUUGGAUGGUCUAAAGACAGCACUGAGGACACAGUCAAUGAGCUUUGUGACACGAUUCAUUGAGUUGGAUGGCCUGUCUUGUAUCCUGAAUUUCCUCAAGUCAAUGGACCACGAGACCACCGAGUCUCAGGUCCACACCUCACUGAUUGGCUGCAUCAAAGCUCUGAUGAACAACUCUCAGGGCAGAGCUCAUGUCCUGGGUCACUGUGAGAGCAUUAAUAUCAUCGCACAAAGUCUCGCCACUGAAAACAUCAAAACCAAGGUUGCAGUGUUAGAGAUCCUCGGGGCAGUAUGUUUGGUGCCAGGAGGCCAUAAGAAAGUACUAGCAGCCAUGUUGCACUACCAGAAAUUUGCCUCAGAGAGAACACGCUUUCAGACCCUGCUGACAGAUUUGGAUAGAUCCACAGGCCGUUACAGAGAUGAAGUUAAUCUGAAGACUGCCAUCAUGUCCUUCAUCAAUGCUGUGCUCAGCCAGGGAGCAGGAGAGACCAGUCUGGAGUUCCGUAUCCAUUUGCGCUAUGAGUUUCUGAUGUUGGGCAUUCAGCCGGUCAUUGACAAACUGCACUCCCAUGAGAACGCCAACCUGGACAGACAUCUCGACUUCUUCGAGAUGUUGAGGAAUGAAGAUGAGCUUCUGAUGUCCAAACGCUUUGAUGUUGUCCAUAUAGACACUAAAAGCGCCAGCCAGAUGUUUGAGCUGAUCAAGAGGAAUCUGAACCACACUGAAGCUUACCCUCACCUCCUGUCUGCACUGCAGCACUGUCUCAUGAUGCCAUAUAAGCAGAACAGUUCCACACUUCAGUACUGGGUGUUGUUGGACCGGAUAGUUCAGCAGCUGGUUCUGCAGACAGACAAAGGUGAAAACCCUGAUGUCGCUCCGCUGGAGGACUUCAACGUUAAGAAUAUUGUACGCAUGCUUGUCAAGGAGAACGAGGUCACACGAUGGAAAGAACAAGCAGAUAAAAUGAGAAAAGAGCAUCAGAACCUACAGCAGCGGUUUGAAAAGAAAGAGAGGGAGUGUGAGGCCAAGAAUAAAGAGAAAGAAGACAUGAUGGAGAUGCUGAACAAGAUGAAAGACAAACUUGAGCGAGAGAGCAACGACCACAAGCAAGCUAAAGUGCAAGUGGCAGAGCUGUCUGCUCAGCUGCAGCAGCUCAGUUCUACCUCCAGUGUUCCUGGAGGACCUCCUGUGACUUCUGAUGGUUUAGUUUCUUCUGGUCCUGUUCCAUCUAUCCCUUCUUCUUCUUCUUCUUCUUCUCCUCCUCCUCCUCCUCCUCCGCCACCUCCUCCUCCAGGAGGCCCACCAGCUUUUGGUAUGGCUCCAUUUGCCCCACCUCCUCCUCCAGGAGCUGCCCAGGAGAAGAAUAUUCCUUGGCCGUCUAAGCCACUGAAGUCAUUCAACUGGAGCAAACUGCCUGAGAGCAAGAUAGAAGGAACCAUAUGGAAAGAGAUCAAUGAUCUCAGGGUGUUUAAAGUACUGGAUCUAGACGAGUUCCAGAGGACCUUCUCAGCUUACCAGAAGCCACAAAAGGAUGCUGAGGAUGACCAUUCCUUUGCUAAGAAAGUCAAGGAGCUGUCAGUAAUCGAUGGUCGGCGAGCACAGAACUGUAACAUUCUGCUCUCACGGCUGAAGCUGACCAACGAGGAGAUCCGCCAUGCCAUCCUGACCAUGGAUGAAGAGGAAGACUUGCCUAAAGACAUGCUGGAGCAGCUUCUGAAGUUUGUUCCUGAGAAAAGUGACAUUGAGCUGUUAGAAGAACACAAGCAUGAGUUGGAACGUAUGGCCAAAGCAGACCGCUUCCUGUAUGACAUGAGCAGCAUCAACCACUAUCAACAGAGACUCCAGUCCCUCUACUUCAAGAAGAAGUUUGCUGAGAGAGUGGCAGAGGUCAAACCUAAAAUCAAAGCUCUGAGUCUCGCAUCCAGGGAGGUGGUACAGAGCGGGACACUGCGUCAGCUCCUAGAGGUGGUUCUGGCCUUUGGGAACUACAUGAACAAAGGACAACGAGGAAAUGCCUAUGGAUUUAAAGUGGCCAGUCUCAACAAGAUAGCUGACACCAAGUCAAGCACUGACAAAAACAUCACUCUGCUUCACUACAUGAUCACCGUACUGGAAAAGAAAUUCCCUAACGUGGCAGCUUUCAGUGAAGAGCUACAAAAUGUGCCAGAAGCUGCAAAAGUCAAUAUGACAGAGUUGGAGAAGGACAUUGGCAAUCUGAGAUCUGGCCUAAAGAGUGUUGAGGUGGAGCUGCAGUACCAGCAGGCUCAGUCCUCUCAGGGUCCUGCAGAUAAGUUUGUCCCUGUGAUCAGUCAGUUCAUCACUGUGGCCUCCUUCAGCUUCUCUGAUGUAGAAGAGUCACUCAGUGAGGCCAAAGAAGUGUUUGGAAAGGCACUGAGACACUUUGGAGAAGACCUGUCCACCCUGCAGCCUGAUGGGUUCUUUGGGAUCUUUGACACUUUCCUUACAGCUUUCUCAGAGGCCAAACAGGACAAUCAGAACAUGGCCAGACGCAAGGAGGAAGAGGAGAGACGGGUACUCAUGGAGGCACAGCUGAAGAGAGACAGAGAGCAGAAGGUGAGGAAAGCCAAAGCAAAUGAAGAAGAGGAGGGUGGUGAGUUUGAUGACUUGGUGUCUGCUCUGCGCUCUGGAGAGUUGUUUGAUAAGGAUCUGUCCAAAAUGAACCCUAGAAAACAGCGGAGACAUAACUUGUUCGACAGCAGUCGAGAGAGACAAGUAACAAAACUAAACCAGUAGCAGGACACUUCAUGGACAGCAGCACCUCACCAAGGGAACAGUUCAACAUUCUGGGAGUCAUACUUAUUUUAACUUAGCGUAAAGACUGGACGCAGGGGGAAGCAUCUAGACUGUCUCUGUCCAAUGUAAAAAACAAAACAAAAAAAAACUAAAGGAAUAGCUCAACAUUCUUCAACAAGAACAAGAUGUCCCGUAUUACACACACUGCUUCCAAAAUCAUUGCUCUCCCAAUCCCCAACCUCUCAGGUCUCAAUAACGGAGCAUGGCACUCACUAUAGAACAUGGCCGUGGACACCUCCUCAACCCAUUUUUCACUCUACUCCCAUCUGGUUGCAGAUACAGGACAUUUAGAUAGAAAAAGGCGCGUUUCAGUAGAAGUUUUGUUUGCUUUUCUGAAUUCCAUAGCUCGCUAAAUGUGCAUGUAUAGUGAUGGAACUGGAUUUUAUAUGUACAAUGUACAUAUCUGUGUUAUGAAGGCAAGAAUAAUGCACACGCAUAAUGGAAUACUCCCCUUGGGGACAAUAAAUCAUCAUUUACUUAUUUACUUUCCUGCCAAGAGUUAGAUGAGAAGAUGGAUACUUUCAUGCUUGUAUGGCCUGUAUGUAUAGGAAGCUACUGCCAGCAGUCAGUUAGCUUAGCUGGAAACAGCUUGUCUGGGUCUGUACAAAGGUAACAAAAUCCCCCUUCCAGCACCUCUAAAACUCACUGAUUAACACGCUAUAUCUCGUUUGUUUAAUCUGUACAAAAACUGAAGUGUAAAAAUGACAAAUUGUAGUUUAUGGGGAAAUAUGUGCAAGACUAUCUCUUGGUCGGGCCCAGUGGCUUCCUGGAGUCUCUGGUUGGUUGCCUGGCAAUGUCACUGUGAUGACAAGACUCUCAGAAGCUGCACACAGUUACAGCACUCGAUUAUUUCUUGGAGACUGUUGUUUGCUAAGAAAUAAUUCCACCACAAAACCAUUCCUGAGAUCACAAAUUGUCAUUCUUACAUAUCUGUGAGAAUCGAACCACGUCCUGACUCCACGUCCAUAGUCACCACACAGACAUGAGAUUGAUAUUAAUAUUCUAAUCUCACUCUCACACAGAAAGCAAAUAAGUGUAUUUCACAAACAAAAUGCAGUUGAAGAGACAAAGAGACCACAAAGUUUUCCUGUAUGAAUUCAACUUGCACUACUCUAGUUUUUAUGUAAAAAAAAACAACCCCUGCUUACUUACUUUUAAGCUGUGUGUGUGUGUGUGUGUGUGUGUGUGUGAGUGCGUGUGUGUGUGUGUUAUAAGGGUGGGUGCAAUAAAGUACCAUGUUUUGGAGUCCAGGUCCAGAGAAUGAAUGGUUGACUUACAGUAUGUUUCGCUUUUUCUUGUGCUCAAAAUUUACAUUUUGGUAAGGACAUUUUGCAAAAUCUAACAUAAUAUAUAAUUGACCAAGAGUGAUACUGAUUUAUAACUUGACAUGAAUUAAAUGUGUUUUUGUUUGUUUGUUUGUUUGUAUGUGUAGAAUGUCUCAAAGUUUCUUCAGAUGUGUUAUGUCACUGGCACAGACAAAAGCAGACACUGGAGCUGUCUGAAACUAAAGAUACAUUCUCUAACAAUGUCAUUUUUGUAACUUAAUGUAUCUAAAUGGAUUGACCUGAAGUAAUGUAAUUGUAGUGUUAUAAUAUCCUUUGUAUAUUUGCCCAAGUUUGUACACCGCUGGUUUAAUCAUUCCUGAGUUCCAUUAGAAUUGUGAAAGAACUGUAAUCUGUUCAUCCUCUAAAACAUUGAUUUCAACUGUCAAUAUAAGUUCUGACAGUUUCAAAUGUUCAGUUUGUUGCUGGCUGGCACACACUACUCUGUCCAUUCUACACUUUGACAUUUAAUCCAUUUUUUAAUUCAUUCAACAACAGUUUGAAAAUGUCUGCACAAUGACUGUAUAUUCUACAAUAGUUGCAUUUAUAAAGUAGAUUUUUAAUAUUUACAAUCAUUUUGAACAAAAUACUGGAUAGCAUUCCUUAUAAAUCAAUAACUAUAAGUGUACUUCUCUAACCAAGGAUCAGUAUUAUCAGUUGAUAGGGGUAUAUACAGUGUAAUAUGGGUGGAAUGAUGAAAUCACAGGUGUAUUAUUUAUGAGAAUUACAGCCUAACAGGGCUUCUUCAUCAGCUGCUGCUGUAGCUUGUCCGUGUAUACACUGAUGGGUUUGAGUGGGUUUGGUGAAAAAGUCAGUAAAAGUGGAAAUAACGAUAUAGCUACUGAUGUGUGGUUUUUUUUUUUUGUAAUUGUCUUAGAUUUUUUUUAAAGAACUGAAGAGUUGAAUUGAAGUAGUAGAACGGGAACUAAAAGAAAGAAAAAUAAUAAUACUGUUCAACUGUUAUUGUUACACUGUAUUAAGAGAUACUGUAUGUUUAUGUUCUGUCACUUCCAAGUCAACUUCCACACAACUUCCACAUAUGCACUGUAUGUAUAUACAGUAUGUGAGUAUGUAUGUAGGCUAUAAACUGUAUAUAUAUAUAUAUAUAUUAUAUAUUUAUAUAUGUAUGUUUGUAUAUAUACAGACAGGGGACAAAUCAAAGGAAAAAACUGAAUAAAAGAGAGGAGAAACAUCAAAUGCAGAUGCUUCCAUGCACCAGGGCUCACUGAAUGAUUUGGUGAGGAUGAAAAUGUGAAUAAAAUUCUACGGCCUUUACUGUCACCAGACCUCAACCCAGUUUCACACCUGUAGAAGAUUUUGGACCAAUGUGUAAGACAAUUCUAUCCACUACCAUCUUCAUAAGACCAAAUUAUAUAACAUAAACUUUCAAUACCAAGCUAUAUUGUUGUAUGUGCAUUUUAUUGUAUAUCCAUAUCUGUAGUGUAUUGUGGUUUCAUCAUACUGAAAGCUGUAUAGGCCUAGUUUAAUUACACUGUACAUGUAAAAGCCCAACUAGUGACAAGAGCUGAAAAUGAACUAGCUAUAUAUUAAAUAUAUAUUAAAUAGCUAUAAAUUCGCUGGGAAGCACAUCAGUUUCAUGCUCUGUAAAGGAACUAUGUUAACUUGCAUCGUCCCUAUUAAAUAAAAAAUCUAAUAAAUCAGAA